AUGCCCCCAGUCGACUUUGCUGGUAGGCUUCCGGGUGCCUUGCGCGCAACAGCCGUCGUGGCCCAAAACACCACUGUACCCGGUGGGUCACAGGAAGCAGUCGGAUGGGUGAACAAUCCGUCACAAAGGGGCACACUGAUGCUCGUCCUUGAGUGUGCAACUACCAUUUUUGCUUGCACCUGGACUGUCCUACACCUCAAUGUUCCUUCCCUUGCGGACUCGAAGCCGACUCGGGUCCUGCGAAAAAUUAAGUGGAUGUGCAUUACCAUCCUCUUCCCCGAAUUUAUCUUUGCCAAAGGUGUAUGCGAGCUUCGAUUCGCGCUUCAUACACUUAAGCUGAUGGCGGAGAUGAUAAAUGGAAACACGGCCCUGUUUGAGUCGCAGUCCACCUACCAGCAGACGACACCGCAGGGCCAGGACUUCAUGGUUACCAGGAGAUGGAAAGUCGACUAUGGCCUAUGGAUGCAACUGCUUCACAGGUGGAUUGUUCUGCCCCUUUGUCCACAGAAAGUUGUGGUAAACCCACCAAAGGAAGACAAGGAUAAUAGCCCACCCAGGGACAGAUCCCAGACUUCGAGUAUGACCCGGGUAGACGAUACAGAAUUCGAAGGCACCCCCGAGGAUGCCGGCAUCCAUAUGUCUGAACGAAACGGCAGACAAGAAUCCCGAGUCUCCCAAUGCAAGACCGACUAUCAUCACGAUGCCUUGGAAUACUCGAUCUUACGAGGCGAUCAUCUUGCCAGUUGGAAUCUGCGCGAAUGGCGGCUGGGCCAUCCGCUGAAAAAGCUUCAACUCUCAGCAGCCGAGAUCGAAGACAAAAGUAAGGCCGAUUGGUUGGUAAAGCUUUUUUCAAUGUUCCAGAUCAGUCGACUUAUCCUGGACCUCCUCAAUCGAGCUGCAGUUCACCGGCCUGUGACUCAACUCGAGCUCGGGACUGCGGCGUUUGCCGUCUUUGCCCUAAUCACAUAUAUGGUCAACUGGUGGAAACCAAAAGACAUUUCACAUCCGACAUCACUACAUGUGGUUGUUGACGAAAGACGAUCAGACGAGGCCAUUGACAUGUCUGCUGAGCCCUUCUUCUCUCGCAUAUUAUCCCCCAUGCCACACACAUUGCAUUACCGCAAGAUCGCCUCACGGUACUAUCGCAUUAAGAAUGAUGAGCUGUGGAUGGAUGGAGACUAUCCAGUUGUAUGGCCUUUGAUGGCCGCAUCGUGCGUGGUAUUCGGAGCUUUCCAUUGCAUUGCUUGGGGAUGGCAGUUCCCGACCGAUAUUGAGCGGUCCUUGUGGCAAAUCUCUUCCGUGGUUUCAACACUGUCACCCCUCAUUCCGCUUGCCUUCACCUACUUCCUCAUUCGCCGAGGCACUCACGCUCUUUCCUGUCGCCAAAUUGAGGCCGCCUAUGAAGCUUUGACCAAGCUUCGACCGCUCCGAAAGCUACCCGAAAGUUGGAUACGGCUUUUUCAAACUAAGGUAGACAACCCAAACUGGAGAGCUCUAUUUGGAGAGGAAUUCCACCAAGACAGGCGAGAUACCAUUAUUGCCUACGCAAAGUGCUUGCGUGAACUAAGAGGUUACCUAUCAGCCUUGGAAGGAAAACUCGAAAGGGAUCGCCAGGCAAAUCUGCUAGAAAACAUCUGGAAAGGCCUAGCUCAACUGAAAAACGCGCACGGGUUCAUGGAUGAAGAAACAUGGGACAUGUACGAAGAGCAGGUCACGCUCGAUGCUCGGAGUGCAGGGGCUGUGGAGUGGACAGGCCACGAGCCCAGAGUCAUCAAGACAAUCUACGAUUGUUGCCUGUCUGCCGACGAAUGGACUCACCGCAAGCAAUACCAGGGAUCCAAGAAGCAGCUUCAGGAAACAACCCGCAGAUAUGUGAGACCUAUCAACAUCAGUUUUGGCAUCGUCUACUCAGUCUCUAGGAUCAUCCUGAUUGCCAUCAUGUUCUCCAGUCUCCGUGAGGUGCCAAAGGGCGUUUACGAGAUCCCCGGCUGGACCCGGUUCCUGCCGAGCUUUUCGUGAUGGAGUUGGGCGAUCCGAUCAUCGCUACUGCGAGUCAUCGGGUGUCGACGAA